AUGCCUGGAGAGUCAUUCGAAGACACUCACAUCAAAGGCGUUCUGAUGGGGAAAAUCCCCAACGGAUUGAGCUCGAUGGCUGUUGAUUGGGUUCCAGUUCUGAGGUAUAACAAACACGACACAGAGAUCAAUCAAUCUCCUCUGGCAGUAUUCCAUCUCACCAAUCCCGAAAGCACUCAGUGGUCAUCACUCAUCCCGGCCAUUCAGAAAAAAUACGAAGUCGAGCCAGUUGAGUUUACUGCGUGGGUUGCAGAGCUCAAUGUGAAUGUGGCUGAGAAGCCGGCUCUAAAACUACUGAGCUCCUAUCGAGCGGUUAUUGAUGAGACGAAUUCUGAGAUGUCGAUGGCUCUCGAUGCCCAGAGGGCGAAGGAGGCGAGUGCGACAAUGAGAUCACUGGGACCAAUCUUGGCACCUUUGAUGUCGAAUUGGGGGUUGCAGCAGUGGCAGUUUUGA